AUGUAAAAUGAAAGGAGAAGGAAGAUUUUUUAAUACUACACCUAAUAAUUGAGAGAACAUAUGAUUCAAAAUUUAAUGAAUUAAUAUCUUAAAAUGAUUGCGUAUUAAAGUAGUAAAAUGAACAAAUCUAAAAAUAUGAAUAAGCAUAUAAUAGAAGGUAGAAAGAAGAAUUUGAAUUCUAAAAUUAAUAAUUGA